AUGGCCGACCGCAAAGCGAGGGACGUACCACUGGAUGAUGGACUAGACGACAGUUUGUGGGAUUCGCCGGUGAAGCCGGGUCAGUCGUCAAAAGAGGCUCCGGAAGCCGGCACGAGAGUAUCAUACGAAGACGACGAGACUAGAGAUGCUGCAUUGCGGCAGGAGCUUGCCGGCGUACGCAAAGUCAACGAGGCUAUCGAAAGCGUGUUGCAGAACCUGGAGCGCGCCAAAGCGAAUGUCAAGGCUGUCAAUCAUACCGUGGGUGCCGCAUCUACAUUGCUCAAUACUUGGACCCGUAUCUUAUCGCAAACCGAACACAAUCAGCGACUGAUCUUGGACCCCUCAUGGCGAGGCGCAAAUCAAGAACAGGCCGACGUAGAAGCGGAAGCUCAAGCUAGACAACAGGCUGCUCUGCGGCGCGAAGCUGAAGAACAAGAGCGCAAAGCAGAGGCUGCGAGAAAGGCAGAAGAGGAGGAAAGAAGGCGUGUCGCCGAAGCCACCAAGCAGCAAAAGACCGGUCUCCGAGUUCGCGGACGCGUCAACUCCAGAGGAGUGAGCUCAACAGCGAAGCCACCAUCGUCUGCAUAUGGUACGACCGACAGCAGUAUCAGCAGCGUUGGGCGGGGUUCUUACGCAACUAGACGAGCAGCUUCGGGCAUUGGGCGGGGGACACGGGGCACACGGGGCCGAGGAUGA